GGGAGCCGGGCGAGCGUUGGGCCGGCGGCAGAGCGGGAGCGAGACCCGGGGAGCGGGAGCAGCAAUUCAAGCACCAUGACUCUUCAGCGGGAGCUGAGCCGCUCGCAGGUGUGCGGGAUGAUGCGUGAGGAGCUCUGCCAGGGCAAGGACUUCCUCCAGUCCGACACCCACAUCUUCAUCAUCAUGGGGGCCUCGGGUGACUUGGCCAAGAAGAAGAUCUACCCAACCAUCUGGUGGCUCUUCCGGGAUGGUCUCCUGCCUGAUGACACCUAUGUGGUGGGCUACGCCCGCUCCCAGCUCACCGUGGCCGACAUCCGCAAGCAGAGCCAGCCCUACUUCAAGGUGGAGCCAGAUGAGCAGAAGAAGCUGGAGGAGUUCUUUGCCCGGAACAGCUACGUGUCAGGGACCUAUGACGACAGCACCUCCUUCCGGCGGCUGAACGCCCACCUGGACGCACUGCACAACGGGGACAAGGCCAACCGGCUCUUCUACCUGGCACUGCCCCCUAGUGUCUACGAGCACGUCACCCGCAACAUCAAGGAAUGCUGCAUGGGCCAUGGGGGUUGGAACCGCAUCAUCGUGGAGAAGCCAUUCGGGAAGGACCUGGAGAGCUCCAACAAACUGUCCAAUCACAUCGCGUCGCUCUUCCGGGAGGACCAGAUCUACCGCAUUGACCACUACCUGGGCAAGGAGAUGGUGCAGAACCUCAUGGUGCUGAGGUUCGGGAACCGGAUUUUCGGCCCUGUGUGGAACCGGGACAAUGUGGCCUGCAUCAUCCUGACCUUCAAGGAGCCGUUUGGCACAGAGGGGCGGGGCGGCUACUUCGAUGAGUUCGGGAUCAUCCGCGAUGUGAUGCAGAACCACCUGCUGCAGAUGCUCUGCCUGGUGGCCAUGGAAAAACCAGCUUCCACAGACUCGGACGACGUGCGGGAUGAGAAGGUGAAGGUGCUGAAGUGCAUCUCGGAGUUGCAGCUGGGCAAUGUGGUGCUGGGCCAGUAUGUGGGGAACCCCGAUGGGGUGGGCGAGGCCCGGAAGAGCUACCUGGAUGACCCCACUGUCCCCACUGGCUCCAACACGGCCACCUUCGCUACCGCUGUGCUGUACGUGGACAACGAGAGAUGGGAUGGCGUCCCCUUCGUGCUGCGCUGUGGUAAGGCCCUGAACGAGCGCAAGGCCGAGGUGCGGCUGCAGUUCCGGGACGUGCCGGGCGACAUCUUCCAGCGGCAGUGCAAGCGGAACGAGCUGGUGAUCCGGGUGCAGCCCAACGAGGCCGUCUACACCAAGAUGAUGACCAAGAAACCUGGCAUGUUCUUCGACCCCGAGGAGUCGGAGCUGGACCUGACCUAUGGCAACCGCUACAAGGAUGUGAAGCUGCCAGAUGCCUAUGAGCGACUCAUCCUGGAUGUCUUCUGUGGCAACCAGAUGCACUUUGUGCGCAGUGACGAGCUGCGUGAAGCCUGGCGCAUUUUUACUCCGCUGCUGCACAAGAUCGAGUCUGAGAGGAUCAAACCAAUCCCGUACUGCUACGGCAGCCGGGGCCCACCCGCGGCGGACGAGCUGAUGAAGAGAGUCGGGUUCCAGUACGAGGGUACCUACCGCUGGGUGAAUCCGCACAAGCUCUGAGCCAGGGGCCAGCUGCUGCCUCCCCAGAGCAACCCUGCUUCUAGCCCUGGGGCGUCUGUCUGCUCCACUCGCUGCUCCCCCCCUCCAGGGGCACCUGGGGUGGGGACGUGUGGCUGGGGGCUGAGAGGGGAGGGGAGAGUUGGGUAUGGGUGGCCAGCAGAGACGGGCAGGGUUGGGGGAGCUGGGGACAGGGUGGGGGGGACUGGCAGCGAAGGGCAGGGAUGGGAGAGCUGGGUAGGGUGGGGGAGGCUGGCAGAGAAGGGCAGGGAGGGUGGAGCUGGGCACUGUGGAUAUGUCCUGGACAACCAAAUAGGUUGCGAUUUCUGUGGCCCCCCCACCCCACCCCCCAGUGGGCCCAGGUCCUGGUUCACCCAGGUCUCCUGCAGCCCCCACCCAGACACUAACCCCCCACCCAUCUCAUCUACACCUUCCUCCAAUACCCUACAGCUCCCUGGGUCUGGAUACCCUGCCCCCUCCAUAUGCACUCCAGCCAGGUCCCUACCCCGCAUUGGGCCUAGAGCCCCUUCUCUACCCACAUCCUGGGACCACAACUGGGCCAGGCACGGCCUGUCGUGUUUACAGCCCAUCUCGCUCCCCGCCCCUGCCCUAGGCUCUGGCCCCACACUGGGUUGAGGGAGCUUAGAGCCUCUGGCUCCGGUGGGGCGGACUGCCGCCCCCUCGCCCUGGACUCUGCUUGCUUUGCUGCUGAGACAUUCCAGCCCCGCCACAGCCCUGGGGCUUUUGUAAAUGGCGCCGUUUUGUAAACAGAGAUUGUUGGAAUCA